UUUAAUCUCCUCUAGCUCCCUGACCAAACUCUGCCACCCUUAACAGAUGUAUUUACAGCUCUCAUAGUCAUAGGCCAAGGUAGGAGUUUUCUUUCACAUCUCUACAUCUCCAAACCUCAUUCACUGAUUUCUCCUAAGCCCUUCAAACCAUUCCAGUUUUCAUUUGCAAAAUCCCAAAAUUCUUCUGGGAGUCUCUUCCCUUUUUCUUGGUAUAUGGAUAUAUCAUAUAUAUAUAUGUAGAUACACCCAAUACAAUUACAACCCACUUCUGUUGUUAAUUGAACUUUCCAUUUUAAUUCCUUUUUUUUAAAUCUUUAAUACAGUAGUUUUGUGCCCACAUAGAAAAACCCAUCAACCUAGUCUGCAUGCUCUUACUCUUUUCAUGGAGAUGAUAUGGACCAAUAAGUUUACCUUGUCUGUAAAUUUGUAGAAACAAAACUGGAGUCAAAUUUCUGGGUCUGUACUGGUGACUCUGGGUUUUUUGUAUUUUGAGUGAGGGUUGUGGAUUUUUUUCUUGUAGGGUUUAUUGGGGUUAGGAAUCUGGAGAUUGCAAUGGCAGAGUUUUUGGGAUUAGCAGCAGCAGCAACAGGUGUAUCAGAAUUGUGACAGUUUGCAGAGGAAGAGCUACAACACCAGCAACCCCAACAACAGCAGUAGAUAGAGUGAAAGCAAGCAAAAGCAAAAGCAAAAGAAAUCAACCAUUUUUUAAGCCCAAAAUCAGAGAAAAAAAAUUAGGAAUCUGGAUUUCCAAGAGAAUCAGCAAUAUCUCCAACUUGUCCAAAACCAGCAUCAAACACAUGGGGAGCUCAUAAGUUCUCACCCAACACAAACACUAGUAGCUCCCAACAACCACCACCACCAAAUUCUAGACCACCAAAGCAUUCAACAAGAAUAUGCAAAGCAAAGAGGAGGAGAGAGAAUGGGAAUGAAGAGCGCUGGAGGAGGAGGCGGAGGUGGAGGAGAGAUUAUACAAGUUCAAGGAGGCCACAUUGUUCGAUCCACCGGCCGCAAAGACCGCCACAGCAAGGUCUACACCGCCAAAGGCCCCCGAGACCGCCGCGUCCGGUUGUCUGCCCACACCGCCAUCCAAUUCUACGAUGUUCAAGACCGCCUCGGCUAUGACCGCCCCAGCAAAGCGGUUGACUGGCUCAUCAAGAAAGCAAAAUCCUCCAUUGACAAGCUUGCUGAGCUUCCUCCUUGGCACCCUAUCACUGGUGUUGCAGCAAACAAUGCUGAGCCCGAUCAAUCCAAUCCAAAUGAAAUGGUGAUUGCAGGAGGAGCAGAGCAGACAGAGUCCUCUGGCUACAAUUUCCACCAGCUGCAGAGGCAAAUGGGUGAGAAUAACAACCACCACCAAGCAAAUAAUGUUUCAAGCUUCAACAUUCCUCCAUCUCUAGACUCAGACACCAUAGCUGACACCAUGAAAUCAUUCUUCCCUACAAGCUCAGCAGCCACUUCAUCCAUCAAUUUCCAAAGCUACCCACCUGAUCAUGAUCUGAUUUCAAGAACCACCAACCUAAACCCUUGCCAAGACCUUGGCCUCUCUCUCCACUCUUUCCAAGACCAAGGCCUAAACAUCCAUCACACUCACAGCCAGCAAUCCCAAGGAGACACCAACCACAACAACGAUCAGAUUGAGACCCUUUUCGCCGCCGGGGCGGGAGGAUCAACGGUGGGAUUUGACACUAGUUAUCAGAGAAUGGUGGCAUGGAGCAAUCAGAACAGAGGAGGUGAUGGUGGAUUUGUAUUCAACUCACACUCACAAGCAUUGCCACAGCAAGCAUAUGCUCAUGCUCAGGGGGGUACCCUUCAGUCCAGUUUUUCGCCAUCAGUUUCAGCUCGGGCCUGGAACGAUUCUUCUAUCUUUGGCACACAGCAGAGAACACAGCAGCAGCAGCAGCCAAUGAUUCACCAUUCUUCAAUCUUUGGCACCCGCUUCGCCUCUGAUGGCGGCUUGCCUGUGUUCUGCAUCCCGACGCGUAUUGACGCUGAGGAGGCGGAUAAUGGCGGUGUUCCAGAUCGACCAUCAUCCACUUCCUCUCCCAAUUCCACCCACCAUUGAUUUGGAUAACUAAUUCUACCUUCGGGGUAUCAAAUUGGGAGACAAGAAGGAAGAUUCAGUCCAAUCGAAUGGUCUACUGAGGAAAGAAAAGUAUCUGGUUUGGAUUUUCAAACAUUCUUUUCUUCUUUGUUGAUCUAUAUAUUUAAUUAGAUUCCCUAGUUGUUUUUAAAUUUGAUGGGACUUUUUUUUGUUUAUUCAAGUGGGUCUCUCUGUUGGCUCAACUUUGUUUUCUUUAUUACUACUUAAUGUGACACAUAUAACCAGGAUUUUUCUGUUUAGGGUUAUCAUUUUAAUCCUUAUGAUCCCCACAUUUCCUUUUUCUUUAAUUUGGUUGAACUAGUUUUAUAACAGCAAGUUGGUUCAUUCUUGGUAAUUGCUACAUUAAGAUAAGCACAAGCUAGUCAAUGGCUUUGCUUCAGCCUCCCCUGUUGUGGAAACUGGAAAGAAGCUUCCACAACCAA